UAUUCCUUAGUGAAUAAUUCUUAACUGGAAACCUGCAAAUAUAAUGAUUCCUUACAGUGCAGACAUUGAUCAAAUGAGACUGCAGCUUUGUACUUGUUUUGUUGCUGUGUAAACUGAACGGAUUGUAGACAGAUUAUUGUAAUAUAUACUACACAACCUUGUAGCCAAAUAAAUAAUUUAGCACUCUGCCUUGUCGAGUAUAUACAUUAUACAGACAAGUGCGACGUAUUUCGUAAAUACAAACGGCGGUUACACAUUUCAUAAUUUAAUUGUCUGUGUUACCUAAAUAAACAUACUGUACUAUAUGAAACCCACAUUGUAAAAUUCUGGUGUAACAAUAAGAAGUUAUGGUAGAACAAACUAUCUAAUUAUACAAUAAUGCAUACUGUUUAAAUGUUUAAAUAUUAAAAGCACAUAUGAACUUGUGCAAAUGAAAUGACAAACUAAUGGACUUAAUCCCUUUUUCCAAUCACUCUGAAAAACAACGCUUACAUCACAAUACCACGAAGAAAUGCGGCGGUGGUUUUGUUUAUUAUUAAAAAAAAAAAAAAAAAAAAAAGGUUACGUGUGUCCAUGUGCAUAUUGUUUGUGUAGUAUCGUUUUUAACUGCAGUUGUCGCUCGCAAGUUAUUCAUUGUCAUUAUGUCUAUAUUUUGAUGACAUCGAACAAUUCUAAGUGAAUAAGUAACAAUCCGUUUUAUAUUUAUACGUUUUGAGUUAUGUAGAUUUAUUUUAAUUCCAUCAAGUGAUGACGUAGCAGAAAGCAAAGUUCAGCGAGCAGCAAAAGAAAGUGUGCAACGCCGUUUUCAUUUCUGUGUGAAAAAGUAUACAAUAUUGUCCAGACGUAUGUUCUUUUGCAGCGACCACUUAUUAAGCCCAAGUUGUGAAAAUUAUUUUGCAACAGUUGUGGUGUUUCUAGCGUUUUUCGACUUGAAGUUAUCAUUAGUUGAAGCAGAGUGGGUUUUGGAGCGGAUCAAAAUAUUUCCUAUGUGAGCAGCUCCGAGCACCAGCCCCAACCAACAGUACGAGAGGAGACAGUCACAGCCAUAGCCCGAUCUCGUAAGGAAUAUGCUUAACUUAACCGAAUAUUUUACUCUAAAUACCUCGGAUCCAUGGUGAAGAGAAAGAAGAUAGCAUCCGCUCCAGAGGAACACCAAAAUGGGAUGACAGUAAAGCUGGGGGAAGGCAGUGGGGAUGAAGGGGUUAGAAAAUGGAGCAGAAAGCUUGAAUGUUGCAGGGAAGAGGAAAGCGCCGAGCCGGGGAACGAAGAGGGCAGCCACAGCACAAAGAAAGACGGAGUGGAUAAUCUUAAUCCAUCACCAGCGACUUCAUCCAGUUUGACACCAGCAUCAUUGCCAUCACCUUCCUCGUCACUUUCACCGUCCUGCUCGAACCUGCAACUACAACAGAGCCAGGAUCAGCAUCACUUCCUAAGGUCCAGCGUCCGACCUCCGAGCAAGCGGCUUAGGAAGGAUUCCAUUGCCUCUGUUAAUGGCCAGAGUAGUGCCAGGGGGAAAGGAGCUGAGAAUGGGGCUGCGAUCCUGGCAGGGUGUGGCCCUCCUGGGGCCUCAGUGGGCACCUCGAAGGCGGCUCCUCGGAGCCUGGGAUCUGCUGACAAGGAGGAAGGGAACAAGAAGAAGGUGCGACGGCAGUGGGAGUCCUGGAGUGCAGAGGACAAGAACUCCUUCUUUGAGGGGCUCUAUGAGCAUGGCAAGGAUUUUGAAGCCAUUCAGAAUAACAUUGUACUGAAGUAUAAGAAGAAAGGCAAACCGGCCAGUAUGGUCAAGAACAAGGAGCAGGUUCGACACUUCUACUACCGCACCUGGCACAAGAUCUCUAAAUACAUCGACUUCAAUAACGUGUUCUCUCGUGGGCUGAAGAAGUCGUCUCAGGAGCUCUACGGAUUGAUCUGCUAUGCAGAACUCAGAAAGAAGAUCGGCGGCUGUAUGGAUGAUAAGAACGCAGCUAAACUCAAUGAGCUCAUUCAGAUUGGGGCAACCACAGUCCGUUACAAGGGCAGGAAUCUGAGGAUUAAGGCCCCCAUGUGUCGGGCACUCAAGAAGCUGUGUGACCCUGAUGGGGUCAGUGACGAGGAGGACCAGAAGCCUGUGAGGCUGCCUUUGAGGGUGCCUGUAGAGCUGCAGCCACGCAGUAACCGCUCCUGGGCACGAGUGCAGAGUCUGGCACACAACCCACGCCUCCGGAUGGUGGUAGAGCUCCACAGGAAGGUGUCCAGUCUCAUUGAGUUUCUCAAGCAGAAGUGGGCAGUCCAGGAAAACCACAUUCGGAAGACCCUAGAGGAGCGCCAGGUGCAAGACGGCUCCCCAAGGCUCCCUUCCAUUGAGAAGGAGGAUCUGUACCUCUACCCCACUGAAAACUGCACCCUGACAGCCCUCCCAGAUGUGGCCCGUGUCGUCCACUCCAAGGCCUUCUGCACCGUGCACUGGCAGGAAAGCGGGAAGUGCCGGCCAAGCACAAAGGAGCUCCCCCCUGCGCAGAUCCUUGGGAUCCACGGGGCCUCCAAGGGGCUGAGUCGAGCAAGGACAGACCCCCGCCAGGGGGAGCUGGAGCAGGGGGGAGCUGAGGAAGGGGGCAGUAGGGUGCGGCAUAGUUCCCCAAAUGACAGGACUGGGGAGCCGAUCUACCCUCCCAGCGUGAGCAAGGAGGAUGCACUUUCAACAGACCAGCAGGGAGAGCAGCGGAGCUGUGUGUGCGGAGGGAUGGAUGUAGAGGAGCUGUCUCAGUUGGACCCUUUCCCCCGGUACAUGAGAUCCUGCCAAGACCUGGUCGUGCCGGAGAGUUGCCUUUGUUCCCAAGAGCACUUGUCAGCAGGGAGGGAGGGGGCUGGACCCCCAGACCCUGCCAGGAACACAGCUGCAGAAUAUGUGGAGGAGCAGUCUGUACCCCCCAGUAGUGAGGGGGUGUCCUGCGAGUCACCCGCAACAGACUCUUGCACUAGAGAAGAGGGGGCUGCAGAGAGCUGUGCAGUAAAGGAUGAUGGGGGGUUACUUCAGCAGAUCCGCCAGGAAGGCUGGAGCAGUCGCGGCUCAGAGAACGUCACGCUGGCCCAACUCUAUCUCAUGCUGGGAAAGCCAGGGAAGCUGCAGCUGGAAUAUGACUGGAUUCCAGUCCACAAGGGUGCCAGCACAGACCAUCACACACAGAGAAUGCUCAAGUGUCUGCUGAGGCUGGUUUCUAGUGAGGUGAACCCCAAGCCGGUCCCAGAGUUGAAUUCCCUUUCUCCCCAGAAGUCUGUCCCUGAGGAGCAGUCCUUCACACCUCCAGGGAAGGCCCUGAUUCUCGGCGUUCGCAGUCCCAGCUGCGGGCGAAACCAGGCAGCUGUGCGCGGCAGCAAAACCUUUUCACCCACUGCGGGGUCCCUAGGUGUGCGGAACCUGCCCCGGUCUCUGGUGGUUCCAGGCAGUGCUGGCACAGGUGGUGGAGAUGUGGACAGCGUCGUGUUUGCCGUCCCCACCACACUGCCUCCCAACAGCCGGCAUGGCAAAAUGUUCUCCCCAAACAAAGAGGCCGAGCUGGCUUUCAAGCAGCAGCUGGACUCCAUCAGUUCGGACAUCUUUCUACCGAAACAGAGGAAGUUCAGGAAACGUCACCUCCGCAAACCCUUGGUAGUACAGAGAACUCUGGUCCCCAGGACGACUGGAGACCCCUCCCAGCACGUGUGCUCCUUCUCCAUCCUCUCCAACUCUUCUGCCACAGGCACGGGUUCAUUCCGGCCCAUCCAAUCCCCUCUGUCCAAAGCAGCCGUCUCCUGCCCCCUGUCCUCUCACGGCGCUUCUGCACCAUGUUCUCACCAGCUCUCCAGUGCAAUUGAUUUGGCAGCUAAGUCCGCAGGCAUCAUCCCCAGAAGUGAGGGCCCUAACAGAGUGCCAGAAACAAUUCCACUUUCACCAGGUACUAUCACUGUGGAGACAGGGCCAGAGCUAUCAGCAGACACCAUCACUGUGGAGACGGGGCCAGAGUUAACAGAACAGAACAAAGCUGAUCUCAGCCCAUUGGAGUCCACACUUCACAACGGACCGUCCACCUCUUCAUCCGAGGGGCCCAGCUCUCGCCUGUCUCCUCCCAACGUCUCGUCACUGCUGGACAUCUCCUUGCCAGGACCUCCAGAGGAUUUGCUGUCACAGGGGGAGCCGGCCACACACAUCAGCGACUCCAUCAUUGAGCUGGCCAUUAACUCUGCACAGUAUGGUGGCGGCUCCUCUUUGUCUCCAGCUAAACUGAAUGGCAGUGACAGCUCCAAGAGCCUGCCCUCUCCCUCCAGCAGCCCCCAGAGGAGCUGGAUCGCCUCCCCCACCCACGACCCCCAGUGGUAUCCUAGUGACUCCAGUGACUCCUCUCUGGGCUGCUUGCUGUCAAGCCUGAUCUCUCCUGAUAAAGGUCGCAAGAUGCUGUUGGCCUCAUCGGGACACUCCAGCGGGACCUCUCUGCUGGGCCCCAGCCUGCUGGACGGGAGCUCCCGUGACUCCUUCGUCUCGCGCUCGCUGGCAGACGUGGGAGAGAUGGACUCUCAGCUCGCAUGCAUGAUGAGCGAGAGCAGUGUGGACUACAUUGCUCGCUUCAACGACCUUGCACAGGAACUGUCCGUCUCAGAGCCCCCUCCCCCGCCCUUGCGCAGGGAGGAGCUGUCUGUCACAGAGCCCCCAACCCUGCACAGGGAGGAGCUGUCCAUUACAGAGCCCCCUUCUCUGCCCCUGUGCAGGUAGGAGCUGUCACAGAUUCCCCCCCUGCUCCACCCCUGUGCAGAGAAGAGCUGUCCGUCACAGAAACCAGGCUGCUGUUCAAGGGCGGGGGGCCGGACCUCACUCAGUGAAUGAGUUCAGUGUUUUCAGUCCUCCAGACCUGCAGGGUGAUCCUGGGGUUCUGCCAAGUUGUGCAAUAGACAGUUUCCUAGCUAGGGUUGGAGUUCCUGACUGUCUAGGUUUUUCAGCAGGUUCAGCGAGCUCGGUGUGCUGGCCCAAAUCAAUCCAAGUACAAGCUCAUCCUAUUGCUUUGGAGUUCUGGGAAUGAGUAGAGUUUAGUCUGAAUUGAUCCAGUUGUUGCGACUACCCAGAGAAGCACAUUGAACUGGUGGUUUUAGCUAACAAAAUAAUUCAAUAAAUAUUUAGUUUUGAAAGAAACAAAUGUUUUAGCAUUUCAAAAAAAGAUUAUCUGGCACUACUGAGGGUUAAAGAAAGUUCUUUAUCAAUGCCUCACUUCCUGUUCCUAGGUCACGUCCACAGUGUGGCUCACAUUUACAGGUUGAUAGCAGGUCAGUCAAUAAAGGAAACGUCUGACUUGUUAUUGACAGGAAAUAAGCCAGUGAAAGUGUGGGAAAAAUUUCACCCCCUAGGUGACCAAGCAAGCGCAACAUGCAACAAAUGUCUUUAUCCUUGCCAGAUGACAUGUUUAUGAUGGCUUUCUUUUUGAGACCUGUAUAUAAUGAAUGGAAGUGCACAACAGUGGCAUUAUGUUGUUGGCUACAAUCACUUUGAAGUGCUCUGAACAUCUUUAAAUAUUCUGGGAACCCAAAAGAUCCAAAAAUGAAGUGCCUCCCGACAGACAGCCCUUAUUCAAGCUGUGGAUACAGAGGUUGAACAGGACAGCAUUCCUGCCAACUCUGAACUGUUGCAGGCCAGGUUACUGCUAGGACCUUCAUUGCAUUCACCACUAUCCUCUGUGAUUAAACAGGCUUGCUAUUGAGCAAACUUCAUACAGCUCUCCAUGUACUAGAAUGCAACAUUCAGACAUUUUGUGAGUAAUGUUUCUACAUAAAUGAUUGCAAUUAUUCACGGAUGCUAUUAAUCCUUUUGGUUACCCAGUUGUGUCUGAAAAUUGGUUUGACUCUAAAGUUUUGCGGGACUUCCAAGUGUAACCUACUGUUGGAGCCCAGACUAUUUCAUUUUGAACCAAAGAGAGCAGUCUCUACUACCACUAACAGUGUGCGCUCACCAGUCAUUUUGACCUCAUUUUUGACUCGCAUUUAAUUCCUGUCCCAAAAAUUGAAUCAUUUUUAAUCCAUAUUGAUUUUUGAAAUCCGCUUAAGUCAAACAUAUGCUAAUGCACAUUUCAAAAUUUGGCUCUAGUCUUUAACUUACUCUGGUAAUCUUCAUGUAAUUGCAGCAAAAAUGCAGAGAAUCACAUUCAUUUUCUCUCCAUCUAAAUUACCUCUAAUUCUCAUUGUAUUAAUUUUCUCUCUACUCUAAAUUUCAAGGUGUUCAAUACUAUUUUAAUUCAAACAACUUAUUUUGUAUUUUAAAAAAAUGUUGUUCAGAAAGCCCAUGGUGAAGAUUUUAGCUUAAGUGUUUCCCAUUAAAAUAUGUAACAUUAAUUAAAAAGGCAACCCUCUUAGUUUCUUUAGCUUGAGGUCAAGCACUAUGAAAAGAGGACUACCUUUGGUGAAUGGAAGUAUGUGUCACCAAUGUCUACAAUGUGCAAAAUAGUUGUAGCAAUAAUUUAGUGUAAAUUGAACACUGUAUUGUUAGUUAUUGUUCAGGAGUUCUGCUGGAACAGUUACUGUAAAUGACCAAACUUUGAAAAUCAAGUUGUUUUGUGUUUUCGCACUGGUCGGCAGCACUGCUUAAAUGAGUGAAAACCAAGAUUGACUGAGCUUAGAAGGGAUCCAAGCCACAUUCUGCAAUCUACAAACGAAAUGACGUCAUUCCUUUAAGGCACAGAUUCCACAAUUUCUUAAAAGCAAAUUACAAAAAGAUAAACAUGACUUGUCACAGCUACGUAUGCAUUAAGAACAAGGUACACACAUUACCUAAAACAUUCACUUGGGCAGUACUGAAAGUUGUCUCAGUUUGGUACCUACUGCACAAGGAGGAGGAAAAAGGGGCUUUACCCAAGGACAGAAAAAAGAAAGUUACCCCUUUUAAAUAUGGAGUUUGCUAUUGCUAAAAACCACCCCGAGGAGGAGGAGCUCUGAAGUUAAUCAUGCUAAAAAUUCAUUAUAGUCAGGUGAAUAGAGCACCAGUCAUCCUACAGUACUCUGCUGUCUCUAACAGUUACCUUCAAACAACUUUAUACGAUCCACUGCAAAACAUGUAGAACGAUAAAUACUAUCAGUGUACCUCAGUUAUGAAGUUGGAUUGAUUCAGUUAUCCCUUAUUGGUACUAUUAAUAAUCAGCUAUUGGCCUUUGUUGAAGUUCAGCGAUUCAGUGUGUUGCAUUUGAACCACCUUCCUAAGGUGGCAUUUUGUAUUGUACAUUUUGAACUCCAUGAAAUCAUUGUAGCAAAUUUAACAUUGAAAGAUCAUUCUGGCAUUGAGCAUGGCACUAUUUUUAUUUAGUAGUCCAGUUUUACUGGGAGUAAAUAAAAUAAAAAAAAUCCAAUACAGUCAAAAUUGUACUUGCAGUUGCCUUUUCCCAUAAUGGCAUUUUUGCACUGGCCAAGGAAAUGUUUUUUAAAAUUUAGAAUCCAUAAAAAAUGUACACAAAUCCCUAUUUUAGUUUGAAUCAGAUCUUAAAUUAGAUGACAUUUGUUGCAGAAGAAAACAUUAUUGCAGCAAAAAAAUCCAAUACAAGCUGUGUAGUUUCAGAGUGUGCUUUCUUUACCAGUAAUAUUCUUCAGCUCAAAACUUAGAGCAGCUCUCAGAGUGUCAAGUUGAAGUAUUUCUGCAUUUCACACUGUAAUACAUCUGGCUUUCCACAGUACAGCCUUCCUGUACAUUUGGAGAAACUAUAUUUCAACAUGCAUUUAAAAAGAGGAAAACUACGGGCCAACCAAAUUAAUCUAAAAAUGAAGCCUUGAAGUUUACACAAUUCCCACAAAUACAAGUUUAUUGAAAUAUUUGAAAAGCUUAAGCAGAUUUGAAUGUUUUAUCCAGCAGCUUUUUUAUAAUUUUUUAUAAAAUACCCUAGUAAGUAUUCAUGCAGUUGAAUACAUAUUAAAUGACUGGGGGGAUGCAUUUGUUACCCCAAUAAUAUCCCUUGCGUACCAAAUAUUUUGGUAUCCUUGAAACAAGGUUAUUGUAAAUCUUCAGAUGCAUGCAAAAGCAAUCUGUACCAGCUGUACCAUAGCUAGUGGAGUGUGGAAUGACUGUAUGGAAGGUAUAUUUUGCUCUCUAUUUUACAUCCACAAAGAUGUAAUGGUGAGUGCCACAGCCGUAGUGGGCCAAUUCUUAAAACUGAAGAGGACAAUUAAGAACAGGUGCCUCACCCCAAGUUGUUCUGCAGUUACGCUCAGUGCUUGUGUCGUUUUCUUUUUAUGUAUUGAAAAAAGUUUCAAUAUGAAGCACUACAGGCAGAUGUAGAUGAAUAAAUGAUGGCAGUAGAACUUCGUACAGCAGCAUUAUGUACUGAACUGAGAGAAAACCUUUAACAGCAGUUGAAAAGCCAUAUCCGUCCCACAAUUUGGACGUGUGUGUGUAUCUAGCCAUAUUUAUCUGUAUAUAGAAAAACACAAUUCCAGUGUGCUCUGACAAUUUGUAUUCUACUGUAAAUUAUUUUGACUAUUUAUUAACAGUUUAACGUGUUUUGGUUAUUUAUAUAUAUAUAUAUAUAUAAAAAAGAACCUUCAAGAGUUCUGGACUUUGUAAAGUUGCAUUUAUUCUUUGUGUAUAAAUACAGUUUUACAUUUAGCUUUUCCUGUUUUUGUUUUCAUUUUUUGUAUAUUUUAUUCAUUGCUUUCUUGUAAUGAAGGGGUGGGGGGAUUAAAAAUAAGCACAUUUUUAAAUCUGCCCAUCGCUUGUCCGUUUCCUAGGAGCUGAUAAAUCUUUAAACUGUCAAGUUGGGUCUUAGAGGAUCCCAGUGAUGCAUCAACAUGACUUGGUAGCCCAUUCCAUUCCCUCACCACUCUGCAUGUGAAGAAGCAUCUCCUACUCUCUGUCUUGUAUCUCCAUUUCAUUUCCAACUGUGUCCUCUGGCCUUUUCUGUGCUGUGCUUAAAGUAUUGAUUAAAGUUCAUUUCAGUUUUCGUGAGUAUUUCUUUCUGGGCUUACAAUGCUGAGCAUAGUGCAAAGCUAACUGCAAUAUGUAACACUUAUAACUUCUAUAACUCCCUGUGAAAUUUCGUUUAAUUUUUUCACAAAUGUUUCCUUUU